GUUCCAGUAAAGACUCAGCAAAAGCAAAUGCUGUGUCAUUAUUUGGAGCUCUGCAGCGUUGUUGGCAGUGCCGGAGAGGGAUUUUGCUCUGAAAUCACCAAAGACAAGGUGCUGGAUGAAGGAAAGCAGCCCAUUACGUAAGCACAAGAUUCUCACGACCCAAACCUCCAGCUUUGAUUGAUAUCUUUUCUACCCUGGUUUUAAAUGAGCUUGUGGAUAGCAGGGAUUUGAUAUAUCAUCUUCCACUUUAUGAUGAACGAUCCUUUGACCAUCUCCAGUUUGUUCAGUGCAGAUGUGGUGAACAAUCAAAUGGAAUUGCUUCCAACUGAGACUCUCUCAUUGGAAUCUUCCUCCGUAUCUCGAGUCUCUCAAAUAACUUCUGCUUCUAAUGAUUACUUCUUAAAGAAUUCGACCUUUGUUCCAAACAUUUUAACAUCGUUGGCUAACGCUAUCAUAGCUCAAAACAAUCAAAAUGAUUUUCCUCUAAGAAAUAUGAAUUCCUAUAUAACAUACCUAAUAUCCCCUUAUGUUGCUGUUUGUAUGUCAAUGGCUAUAAUCUUGAACAGAACUGUUGUUUUUGCUUCAUCAAGAAACAUCAUUAACGCAAACCGAAACCGAAAUCCAAACCAAAAUCAUUUCAAUAAUCACUUCAGAAAUAGGAAUAGAAGCGAAGGACAUCAUGUGUAUGAUCUCUUUUACAAUUACAUUGUUUCGAAUCCUGCCAAAAUAGCAUUAAGAUUGAUUGCUUGUUUCUAUCUUUUGAAGCAAGUUCGGAUAAUAUUGAUGACUCUUAACUCCUAUUCGCCAUUUUUCAAUUUAAUUUUGCCAAAUAAAUACUUUAACUACGAUCCAAAGGCUUAUAAGGACUCAUACUAUUAUCAGCCCGCAAAACUUUUACAACAAGAUGAGCUUGGUUUAUCACCUAAGAUAUUUUGGCCAUUAUAUUUGACCCUAUGUUUUAGUCAGUUUAUAGAAACCUUAGUGUCUGUAACAAGUUCUGUCUCCCCAUUUAAUGGCGUUGGUUUAACUUUGUUUGAACACUCAUUUGCCUUUCAAGAAGCUCAGUUUGCAAGACGACCAUCAGUUGAGAUCUUAGUUUUGACUUUAUCAUCAUUAUGUUCUCAAUUAAUCAUCCACAUUUUGGCUUUAUUCAAUUUAAGAAAAUACAAAUUGAUACCCACUUCAAUUCUUGGAUUUUCAUUUCUCGUUUAUAUUGCAAAAACUUUAUUCACUGGAAGAAUAAUAUAUUUUCCUUCAAUUUGUGUUUUAUCAUUUUUUCCACAACUAAUUGUUUCGUUUAUUAUCUCAAUAUCACUAUUGAUAUAUUUUUUAGCCAUUCUUUGCCAUAAUUUCAAACUUGAUGAAUUGACUUUUACAUCAAAUAAUGGCACUUUUAAUGAAUUUUUAAACUUUGAUUUAUCCGAAGAUUUCAAUUCUGCAUUGAUGCGAUGGGGUGAUUUAGCUCUAACUGCUGCUGCAAAAGCAAGCUAUGUAAAAGAGUUGCCCAAUGUCAACUUUCCAAAAACCACAUGGUUAUUCAAUGAAAAAUACAAUAAAAAUGGUAAAAACUAUUUAAAUCAUUACUCUGAACUGCUUCAAAGAAAGCUUAUUAAGGGAAUAUCUCCGUAUUAUAAUCAGGUUGAAUAUCCUUCUCAAUUACUAAAUGAACAAGUAUCUGGAAACGCAGAGCUCGAUGAAUUUGAUAAAGGUCUCAAAAAUAACUCAUCAUCAAUUUUAAAGAGAAAUUUUGAUUCAUCAAUGAAAUUGGUUAGUUAUUUCUUAAACUUAUGUAUUUCCCUAGUAUUAAGAAGAAAGAGAUUACCCAAAAUUUUAUUGAAUAAAGGAAAUAACGUCAAGGAUAAUACCAAUGAAGAGUAUGUUAAAAGUAGUCUAUUACCUGAUGGAUCAAGUAAAAAAAUUCAAAACGAAAAUAAAAAUACAGGUGAAAUUCCGAUUUUUGAUUUUGACAUUGAUUAUAAACAUAUAUUGGGAGAAAUAGAAUUUCCUGAUUAUGAUAUAUCAGAGGACUUUGAGAUUGGAAAUGAGUCAAAUGAGUCAAAUGAAGAUGAUUUCGAGCCAUUGGAAUAUGAUUCAGAAUAUGAAAGUGGAAAUGAACUUUAUAACAAUAGUAACGAUAGUAUUAACAGUUUUCAGGAAAUUCCGUUGUUAAAUUCUGGUAUUUUAGGUAGAAGGUCCAAUUUGUCAAAUGCUGCAUAUAAGAGACAGUCAAUUUUGCAAAAUAGAUCAUCAGUGGUGUCUUUAUCCCCAUCAUUUUCUCAAGGAGUUCUACAAAAUCAAUUGCAAAACAAGAUAAAGCAAGGUAAUAAUGAAAAAAAUAUAUUAGGGGAGUUGAUUGAUUCAAAAGAAUUUCAAAAUAUAUUAGCCCCUAAUAGCAUUGAAAAUAUCUCGUUCCAAAGGGUUUUAAUGGCGCAUUUAAAUGAUAAAAAUAAAAGAGUAUUAACUAGAUCUAAAUUUAAUCAAAUGGAUAAAUACCACAUGAACGCAUUAAUGGAGUUAAUGUUAGAAAAAAAUAGUAAUCUAAUGAAAAAUAGUAACCAUGAUCAUCGUGAUAACCGUAAUAAUUUCUCUGAAGACUAUUAUAAUAUACAUGAAGAUGGGAGACUGGAUGUCAACUGUGUUGUGUGCCAAACAGAUUCAAGGGAAGUUAUAUUAUGGCCAUGCAAAUGCUUUGCUGUUUGUGAGAGCUGUAGAGUAUCACUAGGUAUCAGAGGGUUUGAAAGUUGUAUUUGUUGCAGAAAAAAGGUGACAGGAUAUAGUAGAAUUUAUGUUCCAUGAUUUUUUUUCAAAGUACUAAGAACUUUUAAAUUUUUAGUUACUAUUUUUUAUUUUAAUUCUUAUUAUUUACACAAUUACUUUUAAUUUUUUUAUAAUUUUUUAAUGGUUUAGUUAACACAUCAUGAGAUAUUAAGUAUUGAUGAUUUCAGUUCUG